UGGUCGCCAGUGAAGGGUGAGGGCAUAUGUGUCCUGCCCCACUCUGGCGGCCCACCACCUUGAGAGCACUGGCCACCCUGCAGGCACUGCCAACACCAGGAACAGAGCUAAGUGAUGCAUCUCUCAUUAUACUGAAGAAAUUCUAAUGAUAAUGUCUCUAAAGAAUUUCCUUGAUUAGAGGAGCUAUUAAUUUACAACCAUUAAGUACUCUAAUCAAACAAGCAAGCAACCUUGAAUAUAUUUCAGUUAACAGACAAGGCAAGUAUUUUCUUUCUCUUAACACCAUACCUUUGUUCACUUGAAAAUUUUUAUAUAUAUAUGUGGGAUGCUGGCCAAGGGGAACAAAAAACAAAACCCAAAAAGAAAAAAAAGCAUCCUCUACUGAGGUGCCAGCCCUAACACAGGUGAGGCCAUGUGCCCAAAAGCUCACCAUCCUGUGGUGUUGUAAAAGACUGCAUGUUGGAAUGCACACCCAGCACACCCUUGUAGUGAGGCAGGAGCAGGAACCAGUAGGAAGUGAAGGGAUGGAGCCCCACCACCUGGAAGGAGGACCUGGCCAGGACAAGGGUGUGGCCCAUCACUCUCAGGUUGGAACAGGUAACAGUGGCACUAGUUGGGGUGGAGGAGGACGGGAAGCCUUGCUCCAGAGUGGGUGUGAGCAGUGCAGCUCGUGCCUCUACCUCAUCAACGCCAACCAUCCCGACGGAGACAGUGCCCCUUGCCACGCCACCACCCACCACCCGAACUGGCAUCACCACACCGCCCACCUGCGCCAAAAUUAG